AUGGCUGGCCAUCGAUGCAAUGACGCCUUGAUGUGUCUCAUAUUCCUGGCAAGUUUGGGAGAACUGGGCCUGAAGCGGUUCAAAAGACUUCUGGAGGGGAGCAUCAAGGGGUGGCAACAACUAGCAGAGGCCUUCGUCACCAGAUUCAAAACCAACACUCGAACACUGAAGGAGGUCAACUAUCUCCUGAGCGUCAAGAUGGAAUCAGGAGGUCCUUUGAAGCGGAUCAACGAACAUAUCCGAGUAGAAGAUAAUGCCGCCACCGCAACCGAAAAGGCAAAUCCGGUCGCGGCGGACGGAAGAGUGGCAGGGAAGGUUCACUCGGUGGGACAGGAGGACAACCGCCCAAAUGACCGAGCUAGAGACCAACAUCGUGGUUCAAACUGCAAUGAUAGGAACAAGAGUCGUAGAAACGACCGUACUAACGCUCCCCGUAAUGAAGAGGAAGAUGCCAAGAGAAAGUUGAAAGCACGAAUCGGCAUCGCUACUGUCUUUAAAAUCCCAAUUUACCGCAUCCUAAGUGAAAUCCGAGGUGAACCCUAUGUCCGUUGGCCGGCCAAAUUGGGAGACAUACAGAGGGGUUUCAACUCGAGGUAUCGCUGCACCUUCUAUGAAGAAAGGGGGCACCGAAUGAAGGACUGUGUGCCGCUCAAACAACAUUUGAAGGAGCUGGUGGCGGCCGGGCAUCUAGACUAG